AUGCCAAAUUUAUAAAGCAAUUGGACUUUAAGAUUUCAAAAUCCCUUUCUUGAAGCAAAAUUUUAAGAAAAACAUAACAUUUAAAGACUAUAUUUCUUCAGAUCUUUACUUACAAUCGGUAUAUUUACAUGCUUUAUUGCUAUGAUAAUUUUUAUUGUCUAAAGUGCCCAAUUUCACAUUAUUAUCUUUAUGGGUUGUCUUACAAUUAUCCAUAUAAUUUUUCUAUUUUUUAGCCUAAAAUUAUAAGCCUAUUUGAAGUGUAUAUUUACAUUAUUAUACAUUUCAUAUGUAGCUGCUGGAACUUUAAUUACAUAUGCAUAAAAUAAUGUGUAAAAAUUAUUUUGAAUUAGACCCUUUUAUAAUUAUGGAUACUGCUGUUGUCUCUUAUAUACGACAGUAUUACAAUAUUGUGAUAAUAGGUUUAAACUUUUAUUCAUUUUCUCUACUUCAAGCAUCGUUUUAGGAGUGUUCGUCAAAUUUUAACUUGACUAAUUGGCAUAUAUUUCUUUUUGUAUUUUAAUGGUGAUUUUAUAAGGAAUUAUUACAUAUUUCUUUGAAUAUACUGCAAGAUUAGAAUAUUAAUUAUAAUAUAAAAUAAAAUCAUAACAGUAUAGACUUAUUUUUAUAUUUUUAGAUCGAUCAUUUAUAAAUUCGUUCAAGAUCCAUUAAUUANUGGUUAUUUUUUGUAUGAAUUUCAAAAUCGUCUAAAUUUAGACAUAUUUUCUUAUCAAUAUUGCAAUCUUAUUAAACACAAAUAUACGACAUGA